AGGAAUGUCUGGCAUUCAAGUGCUCAACCAACUCGGAGAACCGAUCAACUUGCCGACCAAAGCUGUUUCUCUUCGUUAUCCGGCUCAUCGAGCAAGCUCUGAUACCGUGAAAAGAUUGUUGAAUGGAAAUAAUGUGACAGAGGACAAGAAGGAAAUGUGGAUGUGUCCGUACAGUUCAUCGGGGGAUGCAUUGAUUGCGAUUGAGUUACCAGAAGCAAUGAAUCUCGGAGGAAUACGCAUUUGGAAUUACAACGGCUCGAUUGAAGACACUUAUCGUGGAGCGAAAUUAGUGCGGAUUUCGUUGGACGACGUGCUGGUGUCGGAGGAAUGUUUCAUUGUCAGGCGCGGACCUGGGCACACUCAUUACGACUUCGCCCAGGAUGUUAUUUUUUCCAAAGCUGGAUUGGCAAAC